AUGUCUAUCUUCAAAACAUACACACUCCUUUGCCUGCUGGCCAGAACCAUCUACGCUACAGCGCCAGAGUCGAUUUCGGGCUUCAACGUCAUCUGGUCCGACGACUUCUCGGGCUCUGCACUGGAUACAUCGAAAUGGACACGCUGGACCGGGAUAUCAUCCAACAAUGAGCAAGAAACAUACACCACCUCCCCCACAACCUGCCAACUCAGCGGCUCCGGCACCUUCCUCAUAACCCCCGAACUGAACAACGGCCAAUGGACCAGCUGCCGCAUCGAAUCCAACCCCUCUUUCGCCGCCACCCCGGGCAGUCAGAUCAUCGUGCAAGCUCGUCUCAAGCUCGGCACUCCAGGAGCAGCCCUCCAAGGCAUCUGGCCCGCCUUCUGGUCCCUCGGCCAAGCGAUGCGCGAAGGCACACCCUGGCCUGCAUGCGGCGAAAUCGAUACCAUGGAGAACAUCAACGGCGGGCCUCUGGGCUACGGAACCAUCCAUUGCGGCAGCGCCUGCAACGACCCCACGGGCCUGAGUUCCGCCAUCGCCUUCGAUUACGGCGCCUACCAUACCUGGGCGCAUGCGAUUGAUCUGCGGAGCGGCGAUUGGACGCAGCAGAGCAUCACUUGGUAUAUGGAUGGGCAGGCGUACCAUAUCGUGCACGGAAGCGAUGUGGGGGAUGAGACGGCGUGGGUCGCUUUGGCGCAGAAGCCUUAUUAUAUGACGUUGAAUGUUGCGGUGGGCGGUUCAUGGCCUGGUUCGCCGGCUGCGAAUACGGUGUCUGGAACAGAUGCGGGGAUGGAGGUGCUUUAUGUGGCUGUUUACCAGGGUUGA